ACCCCCACCCCGUCGCGUCCCUGAGCAGGCCUGACCAGCCUGGAGCCUCCCCAGAGAGGCCAGCUGCGAGGCGAGAGGUCUGCGGCCCGCAAGAAAAGGUCUAGCUGGACCGGAGAGCGGGGUGCUGAGAAUCUUCAGGAAUUUGAUUCCGCACACCUGUGGAAUCUAUGGAGAAAAAUAUGGCAAUUUCCCUUCAUUAAUCAGGAGGUUCUUGAAACAUAGUUGAGCUGUUAUUUGAAUAUCUCACAGCCUGUGGAGAGGCACAGCUGAAGAUUCUACCCAAGGUGUUCUGAGCAAACUAUUUGCUGACUCACCAAGGACAGGGUCCAGCCUCAGGCAGCAGGUACUCAAGUACAGCCCAUGGAAGAAUCAUACGAAGAGGUGGCGAUUAAGCUCAUACAGCAGGAGUGGACAUGUUUGGAUUUCCAACAGCUACCCUGCUGGACUGUCAUGGAAGAUAUGCCCAGAAUGUAGCCUUUUUCACAUAUUGGUGCAUCUUACAUGACUUCCCUCUCAUUUUACCAGAUGUGAUGACAGAAGCCCACCAAAAAUAUGAUCACUCUGAGGCCACAGGAUCCUCAAGCUGGGAUUUCCAGAAUUCUUUCAGAAGAGAGAAGCUGGAACAAAAAUCCCCAGAUUCUAAGACACUACAGGAAGAUUCACCUGGAGUGAGACAGAGGGUCUAUGAGUGCCAGGAAUGUGGAAAAUCCUUCAGGCAGAAGGGUAGUCUAACAUUACAUGAGAGAAUCCACACUGGUCAGAAGCCCUUUGAGUGCACCCAUUGUGGAAAAAGCUUUAGGGCCAAAGGCAAUCUUGUUACACAUCAACGAAUACACACAGGAGAGAAGCCCUAUCAGUGCAAGGAGUGUGGGAAAAGCUUUAGUCAACGAGGUAGUCUGGCCGUUCAUGAAAGACUCCACACGGGACAGAAACCCUAUGAGUGUGCUAUUUGUCAGAGAAGCUUCAGGAAUCAAAGUAACCUUGCUGUUCACAGAAGAGUUCAUAGUGGUGAGAAGCCCUAUAGAUGUGAUCAGUGUGGAAAAGCCUUCAGUCAGAAAGGAAGCUUAAUUGUUCAUAUCAGAGUCCACACAGGCCUGAAACCCUAUGCCUGUGCACAAUGCAGGAAGAGUUUCCACACCAGGGGGAACUGUGUUCUGCAUGGCAAAAUCCACACGGGAGAGACACCCUAUCUGUGUGGCCAGUGUGGGAAAAGCUUCACUCAGAGAGGGAGUCUGGCUGUGCACCAGCGAAGCUGCUCACAAAGGCUCACCUUGUAACCACUCUCUUCAGAGGAAGUUCUCUUUAUGAAUUAACAGCAUAAAAUCACCUGAGAUUAAACAGCCUAUCCAGUUUUAUGGAAUGAAUGGAGACUCUUUCAGAAAGACCAUCACUGGGUAGAGCAAACUGAGUUUUCUUUUUUCCCCCCAAAUGAGUAUGAAAAAUAAAUGUCUUAUUAUCAUUAUCA